GCUCCCGUAGGAGAGCCAGGGUUGUGGCUGCGCCACGUCCGCGUCGACGGACCAGGGAUAGGAGUUCAUUGGGCGUGGGAAGAACUGGGGGCGACCAUGGCCUUUACCCUGUACUCUCUGUUGCAGGCGGCCCUCCUCUGCGUGAACGCCAUCGCCGUGCUGCACGAGGAGCGCUUCCUCAAGAACAUUGGCUGGGGAACAGACCAGGGAAUUGGCGGAUUCGGAGAGGAGCCAGGAAUUAAAUCUCAGCUAAUGAACCUUAUUCGAUCUGUAAGAACUGUGAUGAGAGUGCCAUUGAUAAUAAUAAACUCCAUUACUAUCGUAUUGCUUUUACUGUUUGGCUGAACAUCUGAGCAGAGACUCAAGAAGAGAUGCCAGCAGAAGUUGCCGCUUCCUUCAUUACUGGAAUAGUCAUUUUCAGCAGACUGAUCUUGCCGUUGACAAAAAUGUAAAGCCGACAAUAAAAGCAGAGUUUCUAUUUAUCUGAUUUUUGUAAAUGUUGCACUUGUGGUUUUCAUUCCCGAAAGAUCAGAUCACUAGCGGCAGUAGUGCUCCAGGACUGGAACAUGCUUGUUUUGGUUUGAAAAAGUGUUGAAAUGUACAGGACCAUUGCUUCUGUUUCAUUAGAUAUUAUUCUGUCUCACUCAGGGAGGAACUUUUUUCCAAAGUUUUGAAUUCCUUCUCACUUAGUUAUAACUCGAGAGUAAUUAUUCCCCAGAUAAAAUGGGAUUUUUUUUCUUUUUGUUCUCAGUAUGUAGCCCUGGCUGUCCUGGAGAUCCACCUGCCUCUGCUGCCCAAGUGCUGGGCGUAAAGGUGUGCUCCACCAUACCUGGCAAAGAGUUUUAAAGUAAUGAUUACAUAUUAAUGGUAAAUAUAAUGGUUACAUAUAAAUGGGUAAUUUUUUUUGAACUCUUUGGUUAACUAGUCUAUAUUGUCUCUGCUAUAAAGAAUUUAAAUUUACAGAUGCUCUAGAAGGCAAUACCCUAUUUCAGGGAGAAUUUCAGGCAUGUAAAUCAGUCAUAUGGUGGCUUUGUCUUCAUUUUAAGUUCUUUUGAUUCAUUUGUUUUUUUAUUAAUUGGCUUGAAUAAUGUGAUCAGACUAUUCUUUACAUACUUUCGUAAGAAAAAAAGUCUGUGCCCUUUUAGAACGAUGAUUUAUUUUCUAAAGUCAGUAUAAAUAUUAGCUGGCAAAAACAACCCUGUCCAGUCAAAGUGUACUACAUAAGAAGGUGCUGUUGUGAGGCACUGACCUCCCCAAAUUACAAUUCCAUUUCUUGGUAGAGUAGCAUGUUAAAGGGUUUGAUUCUUCACUGUUCACUCUGUCAGUAGACCAUUCAUGCUAGAUAACUUUUAAACUUUUAUUUGUGUUUUAUGUCUUUUGUUUAUGUCUUAGACCAACCUUAUGAGGUUGUUUGUAUAUCCCAUAAUGCCAUAAUGCAGUUUUAUGUAGAAAGAUUAAAACUGUGCAAAGUUUUGUGAAAACUAUCAGUUAUAAUAUUUUAAAGGGAACUUUUAUAAAUAAAAUUGACUUUCCAACUCAA